AUGCGAGUCAGUUUCCAAGACGAAAUGAACUCAUCUUCAACACCCAAAUAUUCGGCUUGGAUUUUGAAUCAUCAGCAGUCCGAGGGCCAUGAUCUCAGACUUUUGAGCCACGCCGCAUCAACCACCUCGAGAAACGGCGUCUCCCUCAUCGCCUUCUCGUGA